AUGACGGAAGGAAGGAUGAAGGCAGACCAGGAAGCUCCUCCCCCCUCCCCCGGAUUAGAGGGUUUGGCGAUCCGGUGUCGGGAAGUGUGUCGGUCGUACGGGAAACUCAAAGUCCUGAGUAACCUCAACUUGACCGUGUCACAGGGACACAUCUACGGCCUGCUGGGUCCGAGUGGAUGUGGGAAGACCACGCUGUUGAAAUGCAUUCUGGGAACACUGAAGAUCUCCCGAGGGCACAUCAGCGUGUUGGGGAAGCCGCCCGCAUUUCCUGGACACCAGGUCCCUGGGAGGAUGGUGGGGUACAUGCCACAGGACCUGGCGUUGUACAAUGAGUUUUCUAUCAGUGACACUCUGACGUUCUUCGGACGGAUCCACGGCCUGUCAGCUACGGACACCCAGGCACGCAUGGACUUCCUGGUGGACUUCCUGGACCUACCUCACAACAGCAGCCUGGUUGGAAAACUCAGCGGAGGGCAGAAACGGAGGGUGUCUCUUGGAGCAGCCUUACUUCAAAACCCCCAGUUAUUGAUUCUGGAUGAACCCACAGUCGGGGUGGACCCUGUGCUGAGAGCCAAGAUCUGGCAGCAUCUAGUAGAGAUUGUGAAAACUGGAAAAGUAUCAGUAGUCAUCACCACUCACUACAUCGAGGAGGCCAGGCAAGCCAAUGUGGUGGGUCUGAUGAGGAAUGGCCGAAUGUUGGCAGAGGGGGAACCAGAAACCUUGAUGAAACAGAACAGUGCUGUGACCCUGGAGAAAGCCUUCCUGCAGCUGUGUGAGACCUCAGACCAGGUGGGCUCCAAACACAGCACCUACCCUCUGGGCGGGGUACUAGAGAGCGGCCAAUCACUCGAGAGCGGCCGGGAAGAGAGCCAACCAAUCCUGGGAGUCGGGCCGGGACCAGUAGAAGAGCUUCCCAAAUACUCAGCGGACUGGAAGGUACGGGUCAGGCAUGUGAUGCCAAAGUGGAGGAACAUCGCAGCUCUGAUUAUCAAGACCACGGUGCGGAUGAAGAGAAUGCCCGGGUCCCUGUUUUUUCAGUUCCUGCUGCCAGUCAUGCAGAUCUCUCUGAUGUGUCUGUGUAUCGGAGGAGACCCCAAAGGAAUACAGGUGGCUGUGGUCAACAAUGAGACCUCCUCCAGCUCCUUCAGCCAAUCCCUGCUCUCCUUCCUGGACAACUCCAGCGUGCAACAGGUGAACCUGUCCCAUGCUGAGGCUUUUGCAGGGGCCUAUAACGGAGAGUACUGGGGCGUCAUCGGGUUUGGAAAGAAUUUUACCAGCUACCUGACCAAGAGGAUGGUCCAGCGCCAGGUCUCUAAGGAGGUAGUGGAUGGAGGGUCGGUGCACGUCUGGUUGGACCUGACCAAUCGACAAAUCGCCUUAAUGCUUCAGAAAAAAAUUAAAGAUGCCUUUGAGGGUUUUGUCCAGUAUAAGAUGAGUAGCAGGUCUUACCUGCUCUCGCUUCCUGUCAAGUUUGAGGAGCCCAUCUAUGGCAGCAUGGACUCAGACUUCACCACGUUUGUGACACCAGGAGCCGUUCUGAGCAUCACAUUCUACCUGGCAGUGGGCUUGACGGCUCUGUCCUUCGUGAUAGAGAGGAAGGAGGGGCUAAUGGAAAGGUGCUGGGUCUCAGGUGUGAGUUCAAUGGAGACCGUGCUGGCGUAUCUCAUCUCCCAGCUGAUUAUCAUCAGUGUUCAGAUCAUUUUACUACUGAUCUUAAUGCUGCUUGUCUUUAAGAUCCCUAAUGAGGGGAACCUGGUGUUGGUUAUAGCUCUGAUCGUGCUGCAGGGCAUAACAGGCACUUCCUUUGGUCUGGUCAUCUCAUCCGCCAUCGAUGACGAACAGAACGCCACCCAAGCUGCCCUUGGUAUAUUCUACCCCAACCUCAUCGUCAGUGGUAUAAUCUGGCCUGUGGAGUGCAUCCCCUAUCCACUACGUUACAUCAGUCUGGCCCUGCCCCAGACCUACGCUUCUGAAGCCCUACGAUGCAUCAUGUACAGAGGCUGGGGUCUCUCCAGGAUGAUAGUGUGGCGAGGCUUUGUUGUCACCCUGGGCUGGAACACUUUCUUCGUCAUCCUGGCCAUCGUCAUCCUCAAGCUGAGGAUGUGA